AUGACCGAAAAAGUGUUGGAUGAGAUUGAGAAUGAUACGAGGAUGAUAGUUGUAUGUAAGGACGAUGUGUGUGAUCGGGUCAAGUGGAAGUUAGGACAAGGGUGGCUGACCCCAAAUAGUUGGGAUGAAGGCGAAGAAGAAGAAGAACUGUAA